CACGGAGCGGGAGAAGGCGACGGCGCAGCGGUAGUGGCUCCGAAUCGUUUGUUGAAUGGGGACUCGCGGCUCGGCCGAUUUCAACACUCGUCGCAACCAGUCGUAUCGCGCGCCUCCAGUGCUCCGCAUCUCCUCGCCGCUACGUUGCGCAAAGCGCCGUCCCGACACGUGCUUUUGUUUACCUCUCGCCACCGAGUCUUCUCCGCGCUCAGUUCUGUGAUCCGAAAAUGUUUCUGUGACGGGUGUGAAUUUCGCCUUUGGAGUAGCUCGAAAGCGGAGUAAAAAUGGACUCGCCGCAGAUGUACGACACGCCCGCGCAAACGGCCGCCACGAACGGCACCAACGGGACGGGCAACGGGAGUCUGACGGCCCAGGAGAUCGUCAACAUGAAGAACCACCAGAAGAACAUCAACCUCCACCAGCUGAAGCGAUACAACGACCUGGCCGACUUGAACACGCCGGAAAUUUCGUUGGAUCUACAGAACCUGAUCGACGAUAGUCAGUUCAACGAGGGCCUCUUCACCGAGAUCCUAAACCAAGGGAAUUCGAGACAAUUGCAGAUUAGUAAAACCCACGUGCAGCAACAGUUCCAAACGAGUCGGGGGCCCCAGUCAACGACGGCCCUCCACUACCUACCCCAGCCCGUCCACUACGAGGCGGCCACCCCCGGGACGGGGGGACACAUCAAGGAGGAGCCCCCGGAGACCCCCGAAUUCAGGAACGUGGUCCCUUCGGCGAACCCUGCCUACUCGGUCGUCAACGGGACGGCGCCGCAGUUCACGCCCGCCGGGGUCAAUCACCUGAACCUCAAACACCACCAUCACCACAGUCACCGGAAAAGCUCCAAGUCGGUGGAUAAGAACACGGACGAGUACAAGAGGCGGCGGGAGAGGAAUAACAUAGCCGUCCGGAAGUCCAGGGAGAAGGCCAAGAUCCGCUCCCGGGAGACGGAGGAAAAAGUUAAAAUUCUAGUGAAAGAAAACGAACGCUUGCAGAAGCGAAUCGAACUCUUAACCGAGGAAUUAAACGUUCUAAGAUCUUUAUUUACCAAUGUAGGAGUGUUACCAGAACAUCUACACCGGGAGCUGAACAAACAUUUCGAUACCUAUCCUCACCACGGUGUUCAGUAGUAUCCGCAAGUGAUCCUUCUCCUCAACCAUUUGUGCUUGUGAUCGUUGUUUUUUCUCUCCCUUUUUUACUAUUUAAAUGUAAUUUGAAACUGAUUUUGAAAUUAUUUUUUUGAAUUGUUACGGAUACCAGUCAUUUCCUGUUUUGUUUUCCGUUUCCUCUUUCCGGGACCGAAGAUUUUGAGACGUGCAUGUGAAAGUGCUCGGUGACACGAUGGAUAUGUAAACGGAUGUGUGCUCGCGCGCGUUUCCUGGCCGUCGUUAUGUCUGUCUCUUGGAUUAUUCAUGGAUUUUUGGACCCGAUCGCAGCUUCUCCGCUCGGAAAAACCGUAAAUUUACACUCAUUUUACUCUCUGUCAAGCCUUAUCAAUCUAUCCUCUUCACUCCUUCCUCUCUGACUCGAUUAAAUGUUAAAAAUUGAAAUUCCUUUUUUCUAGAUGAUCUCGCUUCAGUUCUGGUGUACUAAGUGGGAUGUUUUUGGCCGGAAGUUAGCUCCGAUUGUACUCUUGAUCAACUUUUCCCCCGAUCCCUUUAAUUUAGCUUUAAACUAGGAGUAAUACAAGUACUUAACAUGUUACUUUCAUUAAGUCAUUUUUUUUAAGUCUAGGUUAGGGUGGGGAAACUUUAUUUUUUGUACAAUAAUUGGAAGGAAAUCCAAGAGGAAUAGCUUCCACUCAAGACUCGGUGUAAUUUUCCCUCCUAAUUAAGUUGGAUUUUAAUUCUGUAAUCCGGGAUUCUACGAUUGUCAUUAAAGUGAGAAACGAAUUUACCAUUCAAAAAUCAAUUAAGGGGACAUAUUUUUCUUUCCAUUGUUACCGUUUCUAUCAUUUUUUAAAACAUUUUCUGUAGAGAAGUAUUUUUCAGCGGUUCCGUACAGAUAAUGUCUCGUAAAAUUUCAAGCGUUAGUGUUCCUACUUCCACAAACCGGUUCAGCUUAAAUUCUGCGUUCGGUUUGGCAACUAGGCUACAUGCACGAAUCAACUUUUGGUUCUUCUUCAGCUAUAAGACCUACAUUCAGAAUGCCUCUGAAUCUGAGGCGAAUACUUACAGAGCUAACUUUAUGCCCGAAAAAAGCAUAUUUUCAGUUUUAAGUUUUUUUCUAAAAAUAACACCGUUCGAAGCUACUCCUUCCCAUAGAGAUUAGAAAUGAAGAUGAGUUGUUUGAAAUUUGUGGCAGUAGUUCAGUUGGAACUAGUCGAAAUUUGGCUUACAACCAAUUUUCGAAGUUACAAUUGCCACAAAUCAUGUGAGGAUGUGUG